GUCUCGCGUUUCGUCCGUGUCUGUGUGAAGUCAGAGGGGGAAACACGGGAUAUACAAACCUUUUGACUGUUUGUCUGGGAGUAGUUUCAAAACAAGCCGUGACAUGGAGGUCAGCGCAGAGGCCAAGAGGAUCAUGGUCGUGGCUUUGGGGAAACUGUACAGCUCCCGCACCCAGCGAGGGGGUCUCCGUCUUCACCGGAGUCUCCUGCUCACUCUGGUCAUGAAAUCUGCCCGGGACAUCUAUCAUGCGGCCCAGGCGACAGCUCAAAGUGCCGCCCCGACAUGUGAACCACAACACCCGGCUGUUAAUGUGAUAACCACAAGGCCAGCUGCCGCUCAGGGGCUCCAGAGUCCCGCUUCUCACCCAGCUGAAGAGUCACGGACCGCCGGUUCAUCCACGGAGCUGCGCUGCGCGCCGCACGCGCACAACCGCGCGGAAAACAAGGAGAAUGUGUGCCCGUCCGGCCCCGCACAGCACUCCAGGAAAAGACGGGGCAAAGCGGCUGCUGAACCGGACUUUCUGCCCUGCAAGAAAGCAAAACUCGAGCAGGUGAACUGUCAUCAGCAGCUCAUUGUCAGCUCCGUUUUGAGUGACUAUGUGAAGUGCAGUAGUGAACUGCGAACAGCCCCAACCCCCAUUCCCGUGCAGACAGCCAUCGCAGCGUGUUGAAGACUUGCUGAAAUUAAAGGCAGUGAACUUUUUAAGGCCUGGAUGUCUGGACGUGUCCAUUUCGCAGGCUAUACCUGCUCCAGGGACUGGCUUUGGAUGGAUGACCCAAGAGUCCCAGUCAUGGCUGAGCAAGGAAGCCCCGGAGCAUGCCCACCGUGCGAGGUCUCAGUGACUUGUGAUCUAAUUUAUGACCUCACCUGAUCUGAUCAAAGGCGGGACUAUCAUUACGCCUUAAACUAGACUGUAUGAAUUGACUCUAUGUACAUUUUACACAAGUGUGUUUGGGGACCAUGCUGUCAAAACAGCAAAUGUAAAUUUUUACUGAAGAUUUUUUUUUUUUUGCGAAGGGGGGGGGGGGUGUAAAACCUUGAAUGACUUUAUCUACCUCAGUAUUUAUUAAACCUUUGGUAUCUAAUAUGAA